CCGUGCGCUUUCCCUUUAAGUUCAGAACCUCCAGUCUCGCUCCUCUACUUGCAAAAUGUAUCAAAUCCGGUGGGCGGGGACGGGCUGGUGUCGCACGGGCCAAUGGGAGCGUGGGGUUUUCCGCGGGAGAUCCGAAUUUCGCGGCACGUAGUUUGGCGCUUAAAAAAAAAAAGCGAGAGAAGGAGGAACGGAAAGAGAAAGGGCUGGGCAGCCAUCGGGUCCUCUCUUGUCCCAAUCCAGGUCCAUCCUUGCCCCAGGCAGCUCUGGCAGUGGCUGGAAACCUUGCAGCGGCCCAGGUGGGAGUCCCAAGGAGCGGAGGGUGCCAGCAUUGCAAGUUGGGAAGAGCUCCAUGAAAGGCGCCAGGGCCCCGACAGGAUCCAGGGCCCGGGCUGGCUGCUCCAGCCCUCCCAGGGUGCUUCUUCCGAACCCCUCCACCAGCCCUGGGAUUUAGACACCGGGAAGCCGGAGCGGGAGACACGGACAGCAAUCUUCUGGGUGCUGCUUUGCAAAAAAAAAAAAAAAAGAAGGGAGGAAAAAGAGAAGCACCCGAGCUUUUGUUUCCCUGAUUCUCCGGCUGCGAUUUUUUUCCUGAGCCACAAAAGCUGCUGGCUUUGCGGGGGGGAGGGGAUGUGCCAAGCCGAUUUGUAACCUUGCAGCCCCUAACUCUCGCCUAAGUUCUCUGGAAAGCCCCCCCACCCGGAAAGAACAAAAGGGGGGCAGUGCAGACUUGGUGUGCUUUUUGUUUUAAUCCUUCGUGCAAAUAGUGCACCAUAUUUUUUUUGAAGCCGAGAAGAACUGGGGUCAUUCGUUGGCGAGGAGGAGGAGGAGAAGGGGUGAAAAAAAACAGGUUGGCUACCCUAUGGGUUGCUCUUCUAGCAAAAUCAGGAAAGGCUCUGGAGCCAGACUUUGAUGAAAAAAGAGUAGGGUUUGCACGACUGAUUCCUCCCAUGCCGACAAGUCCAUAUUGCAGCCUUUCUGCCUUUUUUAUUUUAGGAUGAAUUUGUCUUUUGUUUAAAAGUUGCAUUGGGGCUGACCCCUGGGAGGAUGCCAAUGGCAGUUUUUUAAAUGGCUAAGAGUACGUUUUCCAAUCUACCUCUCAAGGGCUCUCCAAAUAAUAAUAGUCAUCGCCAUCAUCACUUGAUUUUUAAGCUCUUCCAGAUCUGUUGUGGCCUUUUGAAGAAGAAGGCUCAGCCAUGUUGAGAAUCCCCAAAGUAGGGCCUCCUGCCCCUGGACGGGGGGCCCCUCCUCUUGCACCCCCGCAGCAGCAAAAGAAAGUCAUGCCUGUGAUAACCUCUGCAAACCUGGUGGUCUCCAACCUCAGCAGCCCCCAGAUGCGGGCUCUCCCAGCUACCUAUUUCACUCAAGUGUACCCCCAGACUGCAGUGGUUGCCCCAUUGCCUAGGGGCAGCUGUCUUUACGCCACCCCCCAUGGACCAGAGAUCAAAACCAUGAGAUCUGCUUCUACUGGAAAACUGCCGGCCAAAAGGAAGCUGGAUCUAGAAGGAGCAGGCCAGCAGUGCAUCCCAGAGUUCCGAACCCCAAAGGGCAAGGGAAGGACUCUCCCCCACAUCCCCAGUCCCAAAACCCCCAAGUCACCUGGGGAGAAGACCCGCUACGACACGUCGCUUGGCCUGCUAACCAAGAAGUUCAUCCACUUGCUCAGUGAGUCUGAAGAUGGGGUGCUGGACCUGAACCGGGCUGCUGAGGUGCUGGAUGUCCAGAAGCGGCGCAUCUAUGAUAUCACCAAUGUCCUGGAGGGGAUCCAGCUCAUUCGCAAGAAAUCCAAGAACAACAUUCAGUGGAUGGGAACGGGGAUUUUUGAGGACUCCUCUGUGACAACGAAGCAGCAGUCAUUGCGGAAGGAGUUGACGGAGCUCUCCAAGACUGAGCGGAUGCUGGACAAGCUCAUACAUGAGUGCACGCUUCAGUUAAAGCAUCUGACGGAUGAGGAAACAAACCAGAGAUUAGCAUAUGUCACAUAUCAGGAUGUUCGUGCCAUCAACAACUUCAACGAACAGACAGUGAUUGUGGUCAGAGCCCCACCAGAAACCCGGCUGGAGGUGCCAGAUGUUUGUGAGGAGAAUGUCCAGCUCCACCUGAAAAGCAUCAAUGGCCCCAUCGAGGUGUACCUGUGUCCUGAGGAGAUUCUGGAGGAGAGCCCUGCCAAGGAGGGCAGUUUCCCUGCUCCAGCACCCCAGGAGAGCAGCAACCCCCCAAUGGUGAAAGCCGAGUCGGGGAAGACGGAACUGCCAAGCUGCCUGAUGGAGGGGGAAGACGGCUUUCUCGAGCUGCCCCACCACCUUUUGCAACAGACUGAGGACCAGCUCCCUUCUGCUUCCUACGGUGACGUGGGCCCCUUUGUCACUUUCUCCCCUCCCCUCGACCAAGAGGACUACCUGUGGGGGCUGGAGGAGAGCGAAGGCGUGAGCGACUUAUUUGAGGCUUAUGACUUGGGUGACCUGCUAAAGAACUGAAGUCUGGGAUCCUGGGCCCUUUUUAUGGUGCUAAUAAUAUUCCCUCCACUCCAAAGCCUUGGACCUUUUUGCUUUGAAGUGCCUGCUUGUGUUUUGGCCCAACGCAACCCAGCCGUGGAGGUCCCCGCAAGCAGUUCUCUCAAACUCAAGAAAGAUUCUUGUUCAACUCAGGCUUUCCCUAAACAGUCAAUGACUGGGUGCCUGCCUCGAUAGAAUGAGGAGCACCAGGGCUGCUAUGGGGAACCCUCUUUCCUUCCGGGCACCCCAGAAAAAUGCCCUGUUGCAAGUUGGAUGGUGGUUCCUCCAUCCCUCUCACACUGCAGGCAGAGAAUAUCCUCAGGUGUCUGACUUUUCUAGGAACUCUAGAAACCUUAACUAUGACACAUCCUUGUCCUGCUCUGAUUUCUCACCGGGGCAGAAAUGGUCAGUCUAGGCCAGUACUGGUGGUACUUGUGGGCCAGCAAAGCAACUACACCAUCCCAACAAUAGAUUUGAGAGGAAGCCAUUUUCUCAGUUUAUGAAGUGAUGGGUCCAUCUGCCUGGAGAUUUAAUACUUUAAACAACUUCAAAGAGCUUCUGUUGCUGCUGUGGUUCUUUGCCAAUAACAGUGUUGUAGCAUGAUGUGUCUGAGCUAAAAGCUUGCCCUGGUGCAGCUGAUUCAACUUGAAACUCAACUUCCAGCAUGCCUGGUAUGAAGAUGCAAGGUCAUGUGUGAAUGUACCAUGUGACAUUCUUGAUGGCCAGGGAGGCCCUCUGGCCCACCAGAUUUUGGACUGCAGCUCUAAUCAUUCCUGACCAUAGGGUCAGGUUGGCCAUGGGUGAUGGGAGUUGUAGUCCAACAACGUCUGGAGGGCCACAGGUUCCACAGCCCUGCUGUACCAGGAGGGUAGAUAAAGGGAGGUUCCCUUUGUCUCAUAGAACAAAGUGAGGUCAGCUUAUUUUCUGCAGGGUUGCUAAAGGCUGAUGUCUAAAAUUUAAUUAAUAAAUAAAUAAAUAAAAGGGGCAGUAUGCAUCCCUUGUUAAGAUCUUUUGAAGAUGCUACCCUGUGCUUGUGUGACUGGAUCCAUGCAAAAUAAUUUCACCUCUUAAGAGCACCAGGUUCACAUCAGCCCCUUGGCUGCUUCAUCUCGUGGUUGGAGCCAUUUCUGGUCAAUGGAACACAGUUCCUUGCUUCCGACCGUUAUGUCUGGAGCAAAGCAUUCUUCCUUUUGCUAUAGCCCUCAUUCCAUGUUGAGUUACACCAGAGAGUAAUCCCUUGUCAUUCAUAACUGCCUGUUUGCGGUAGCUCUGUGCUUUAAGGUAUUGGAGGAAGUAAGCUUGGAGGAUCGGAUCUCUUAAAACAGGGCAGGGAAGCUCUUGGCCCUCCAGAUGUUGUUGGGACUCCUGUUAUCCCUGACCCUGACUGUUGGCCAUGCUGCCUGGGGUUGAUGGCAGCUGGAGGAUCCCAACAUCUGGAGAUGUUGCAGAUUGCCCAACCCUGCCUUAAAGCCGGAUGUUCAAUUACAUUUUAGUCUGGUUUUUUUCCAUGGUCACCAAAUCCUCCUGCCUUACACAGCCUUAAUUCUCGGUAAGGGGCUCGUUGUCUUUGGUACCGAAGGCGGCUGCUCCGUUCCUUAAUUUUGCCCAGUAACUGAGCCAACAAGGCUUCUCUCUCUCAAUCCACCCUUCCCUGUGACCAAGAAAUACAAAAUAGAGAAGAGAGGGAGAGCUGUUUAACCGGACUGAUACCGCUGCAGGGCGUAGGCAGCUUUGGAGCGGCACAGAACUCGCCCUGAUGGGUUCUACGCAGCUUAAAAGCUUGCAGAUUCUUACUCCUGCAUUCAUUCCCCUCUGGGAGCUGAUGACUGUACAGUUGUAAUGUGUCAGUGCAGAGCUAGACUUGACAUGAGGCAGCCCCAGAGAAAAGCAUCUUCUCAUCCUCCCCAAAUAUGUUUAGUGAAACUUCCAGGGUAUCAUAUUGUGUGGGGAGCUUUCCCACCUUUGCUCCACAUAUGGGCAGGUGUGGGUGUCAAAUUGCGGCACAACAAUAAUAGAGCCAAGCAGCUAGUUUCUCUAGAUAGUAUAGAGCGAGUGGGGGGUGCAGUCUAGAUACAGGGAUGCUGCUAAUAUCCAAUUGUGCCCUAAUGGAGCCCCAGCUAUCUAUAGUGCAGGGGUGGGGACAUCCAAGAACAUCUGGAGGGGGCCACAGGUUCCCUAUACCUACUGAAGGGAAUGCAUACUUCCUCAGGGAACAAGGAUUUCAUUAAUGCUGAUACUCCUGACCAAAUAUCAUGCAUUCUUUAGAGGUGGUGGUAGUGCUGCCUUGAAUCAAGUUCUUUACUUAGAUUUUUAUUGUAAAUGAGAGUGCCUGAGCCUGGAGGGUUUGUAACACCCUCCUUACAACCUCAUUUACUCUGAAUCCUUAGGAUUGCAGCUGUAGUGAUUUAUUGGGGGUGUCUGCCACCGCAGGUGCCAUUCAUGCUAGGGAGCAAUUGAGAGGGAAGUCGGCUGCUAACUUUACAGUGGAUAGGGCCCAGCCAACCGUCAACCUGCCUGGUGCUUGCCUCACCUUUAAAGCACAAAUCCUGCGCCAAUUUGAACAGAUCCUCAAUCGCACAUACCCCUUGUUCACAUGGCAUGUGACCCUGAGUUCCAUGAAUGGGUCAAGCAGGCCUUUAAAUCGUUGAAGGAUUUGAGCCAUAGGCUUUAUUCCAAUGAUAGCUUCUUCCAUGGCUGAUUUAGGCUGAGUUCUCAAUGAGGCAGUAAACCUAUAUCUGGGCUAUAUACCACUUUAGGCUGCGGGCAGAACUGGCAUGAUAGAAUGCUCCCCCAUAUUUAUUUUUAAAGUCCCUGCAUGGGGAAAAUUAGAUGUGAAGCCUUUCAGUCUGGCUUUUUCUCCUGGUAUGGUAGUUUUCUGCUUUCAAAGUUUUCUUAGUUUUGUUAAUGGCGCACUUAGUCAUGUGGGUUCCUCACCAACACUUUGAAAUGUUAUCAUCCAGGCAGAUAGAGGUCUCCCAUCUCGGUAAGAACUAGGAUUUUGUUAGAACACUAAAUAAUCAGAAGUGUGAGGGUGGGGACUAAGAAAGUGAGACUGACUAGCACUGGGUUUAUGUGUUGCAGUUGCUGCCUUAGAUUGUGCCACCUGCUGCAGAUAUCAGCCAAUUGGGACUAGCGGGGAUCAGCUUGAUGCAGUCCUGCAUGGCCUUGGGUAACAAGUAUACUGCAUGAAUGCAUCCUUUUCUUGGGAAACAAACAAAUAGACCCUCCUUUGGGACACUUCCUUUCUUGAGACAAUACGUUUGCAAGCCUGGAAAGUGUGCUGUGUUUUAUGAAUUAGGGUUGCACUGAAUUCUAUCCAUGAAAAUGUUGAGGGCGAAAGUUGUUUUCAGGAGGAGGGAGGAUUUUGUGAACAUAGUUUAUCUUUUUCAUUGUUGUUUGCACCAUCUGCAGCUUUAGAACCACUUUAAAACCAAAAACAGGCUUCUUAAGGCGCCCCAGCCAAUCAGGGAUCAUCUCGCAUUUUGAUGUCACAUCACCAUAUGGCCAAUAAAGCCACUUGUGUGGCACGCCUCUCUCUGUAAACAUAUUAAUUUUCCCUGACUCUUUAAAAAGUUACUUUUUUAAAACAAUAGAAAAAGUGUACCAAUGCAAAUGCACUUUUGUGUGUGUGUGUGUGUGUGAGAGAGAGAGAGAGAGAGAGAGAGAGAGAGAACUUUGUAAUUUGCCCAAGACUUUCCUUUGGCUUGCCGCUCAAAAUGGCGAGGGAUUUUUUUUCCCUAGCUGGAAACAGUAACUUCAUCAGCUGCAGAAAUGCUGGGUCGGAGGCUGAUAGCAGUGCUGUCCAUUUUAAUAAGCCCUCCCUGUGUUGUGAAUGGCAUGUAGAUGACAUUUGUUGCAAAAAUGAGUUAGCUGUUGUGUGUGUCUGAGUGAUCAAAAAGUGCGUUUGUUGGGGGAGGAGAAAGACUGGGCCAUUUGAAUGAGUAACUUAAGCCACUUCCAUGCAAGGUUGGGAGAGUCCAGGAUUAGGCUUUGUCUUCUAGUUACAAAGGUGUGCAUGAGAUCUCUGGGAUGAGCUGGUUCCUUAAACAUCGUGCCCCCUCCCACAUACACACACUGUCUGCAGUAUUCAUUUUGUCCUGAGCAAUCCCUUAACCAGCGUCCUUUUCAGAAAUGAGCAUAUGAUUGAGAGUCCUUGGUACAAAUGGAGGUCUAUUUCUAUCUGUGAUAGACAGCUGAUGGAGAACAUGCUGUCCUGUCACUUUUAAAAAAAAUGUACACUGGAGGUCUGCUUGGAUCAAAUCUAUCCUUCCUUCCUUGUCUCAAAAGCAAUCCACCUGUACUGGCCACCUCUCCCUCCCUGAAAAGACAGUAAGGCAAGAGGCAGCAGGGCACAUGAAGACAGAGUAUACACCAGUGGUGCAUUUCUGCUUUACCACCAGCCAGGCCACAUGCAACAUAAAUGCUGCAGUGUGCUGUACUAACACAGCCAGAUGCCUUGCACAAACUGAGAGAGCGCCCUUGAGUUCUUAAGCACGCUCAUGUGACGCAGAACUGGAGGGCUAAACAGCACCCUUCCAGAGGCUAGAUUCAGCCACCGGGCUACCAAGUUGCCAACCUUACUGUACAACCGUGGCAGCUCUUUAAUUUGGUGUAGAUCAUCCUGGGGUUUAUGUGGAAGGCUGGGAAAAAAUGGAUCAGUCUUGGGCAGAAAUGCCACAAUCUUGUUUUGGUUUUGGUUUUGAAUCAUUCCCGGGACAUGCUUAAGGGCUAUCUGUUAUAGACCAGUUUGAAAAUAAGCUUUUGGAACACAGAUAUGUCUUAACUGAUUUCUUUGUAUAUAUGAGGUUCUUUACUUUGUACAUAGGAAAAUGAAUUGUAACUUUGGGGCUUCAUCAGCCCUUCCAUAAUAUCAAAGUUCUGCCACAUUCAAUUGCCUGUUGCUGUUUUGGAACUUGGCUUGUAGAUCAGCCUUUCCAGACUGGGUGCUUUCCAGAUGUUUUGUACUACAACUCCCAUCAGCACCAGACAGCACAGUUGUAGUGCAAGACACCUGGAGGGAACCAGAUUAGGGAAGGCUGUUUGAAAAAUAAUUAGUUCUCCAGGUUCCUCGUUUGCUGAGUGGAUGUUUUUAACCAAUUUCUCAAGCUAGAUUUUAAUACGGGUUGAGCGUGCAUUAACAAUAAAUUUCAGCUCAACUUUGUCUUAAUUCAGCGUAUGUUCCGAGACGAGGGGGGAAGGACCGUUUUGAUUCUUCAGUGCUUCCUCCUGUAUAAGAUAUUUUUAAAAAUCUUUCCAAAUGUUCUUUUAGCCCAGCAGUGCAGCUGGCUUAGUCUUACAUAUUGUAAAAAGUUGUAUAUAAUUAUUGCACUGUAUUUAUAAUGGAAACCCUCUUUGAUACUGUUCUGCUGUGUGGUUUUUAUGUUUUGUUUGAAACUGAGUAUUUAAAGAGUUCUAGGUUUUCUGUGACAUUUGGAAUUUAGCCUGGUGGGUGAAGAUGUAUGUAAGCGGGGUUUUUUUGUUUUGUUUUAAACUUGAGGCACUUGAUGAUGUGUGUUUUGUGAACAAAAAAAGGAAAUAAAAUUUGUGAACAAA